AUGAAGAAGACAAAGUUCUCAAUCACUCGAGAAAAGAGAACCAGGGACUAUAUACUAGAUGGAUUUAUCUCCUUUAGUGACGAAGACGCGGAGGGCAUUAUUCAACCCCACAAUAAUGCUUUGGUAGUGGAGCAACUGGGACUGUUAUAUCAGAUUGUACCAGCAGCCCAUGUCCUAAACGGAUUCAAUAUGGCGUGCAAAACUACAAAAGGUGAUAUUACAUUACCAGUAAACGCAGCCGGUAUAGUCCAGCAUACAAAAUUCUAUGUCAUUGACGGAGAAAUGAGAUAUAAUGCCCUGCUCGGAAGACCGUGGUUGCAUAUCAUGAGGGUGGUACCUUCGACCUUGCAUCAAAUGCUAAAAUUCCCAACCUCAGAAGGAGUAAAAAUCAUUCAUGGAGAGAAACCCCCGGCAAAGGAGAUGUUCGAAGUUGAAGAAGCUGUUCAAACACCAAAGAAAGCCCCCGAGGAUGCAAAUGAAAUGGAAAACGCCAAAUAG